CAGCGAGCGGCGCGCGCCUCUGCAGCCGCACCGGGUCCGAGCGCGCGGCGCGGCGGCGGGGUCCGGGGGCCGGGCGGGGACCGGGGGCCCGGCAUGGCGCUGCGGAGGGGCGGCGGCGGCCGCGGGGCGCUGGGGUGGCUGUUGCUGCUGCUGAGCGCCGCGUGCCUGGUCCCGCCGGGCGCGCAGGUGAGGCGCCUGGCGCGCUGCCCCGCCACUUGCAGCUGUACCAAGGAGUCCAUCAUCUGCGUGGGCUCCUCCUGGGUGCCCAGGAUCGUGCCCGGCGACAUCAGCUCCCUGAGCCUGGUAAAUGGAACAUUCUCGGAAAUCAAGGACCGAAUGUUUUCCCACCUGCCUUCCCUGCAGCUGCUAUUGCUGAAUUCUAACUCCUUUACAGUCAUCCGGGAUGAUGCUUUUGCUGGACUUUUUCAUCUUGAAUACCUGUUCAUCGAAGGGAACAAAAUAGAAACCAUCUCAAGAAAUGCCUUCCGUGGCCUCCGUGACCUGACGCACCUUUCUCUGGCCAAUAACCACAUAAAAGCACUCCCGAGGGAUGUCUUCAGUGAUUUAGACUCCCUGAUUGAACUAGAUUUAAGGGGCAAUAAAUUUGAAUGUGAUUGCAAAGCCAAGUGGUUGUAUCUGUGGUUGAAGAUGACAAAUUCCACUGUCUCCGACGUGCUAUGUAUUGGGCCACCAGAAUAUCAGGAAAAGAAGCUGAAUGAUGUGAUCAGCUUUGACUAUGAAUGUACAACGACAGAUUUUGUCGUCCAUCAGACCUUGCCCUACCAGUCGGUGUCAGUGGACACGUUCAACUCCAAGAACGACGUGUACGUGGCCAUCGCCCAGCCCAGCAUGGAGAACUGCAUGGUGCUGCAGUGGGACCACAUCGAGAUGAACUUCCGCAGCUACGACAACAUCACAGGUCAGUCCAUCGUGGGCUGCAAGGCCGUCCUCAUCGACGACCAGGUCUUCGUGGUGGUGGCCCAGCUCUUCGGGGGCUCCCACAUUUACAGGUACGACGAGAGCUGGGCCAAGUUUGUCAAGUUCCAAGACAUAGAAGUCUCUCGCAUUUCCAAGCCCAACGACAUCGAGCUGUUUCAGAUUGAGGAAGAGACAUUCUUCGUCAUCGCGGACAGCUCCAAGGCGGGGCUGUCCACGGUGUACAAGUGGAACAGCAAAGGCUUCUACUCCUACCAGUCCCUGCACGAGUGGUUCCGGGACACGGACGCGGAGUUCGUGGACAUCGACGGCAAGUCGCACCUGAUCCUGUCCAGCCGCUCCCAGGUGCCCAUCAUCCUGCAGUGGAACAAGAGCUCUAAGAAGUUUGUCCCCCACAGCGACAUCCCCAACAUGGAGGACGUGCUGGCCGUGAAGAGCUUUCGGAUGCAGAACGCGCUCUAUCUGUCCCUCACCCGCUUCAUCGGCGACUCGCGGGUGAUGAUGUGGAAUAGUAAGCAGUUCGUGGAGGUCCAGGCCCUUCCCUCCCGGGGGGCCAUGACCCUCCAGCCUUUUUCUUUUAAAGAGAAUCACUACCUGGCCCUGGGGAGUGACUACACAUUCUCCCAGAUCUACCAGUGGGAUAAAGAGAAGCAGCUGUUCAAAAAGUUUAAGGAGAUCUACGUGCAGGCGCCUCGCUCCUUCACGGCCGUGUCCACCGACAGGAGAGAUUUCUUUUUUGCAUCUAGUUUCAAAGGGAAAACAAAGAUUUUUGAACACAUAGUUGUUGACUUAAGUUUGUGAAGGUGUGGUGGGUGAAUUGAAAGGACGCGUAGCACUUUCAUGAGACGUGAAAGUAGACAUCAGGCAGGACCCGGGGUGGGGAAGGAGGUUCAGAGCACUAAAAUUUGGGGGAAAAAAAAAAGUGCACUGGGGAAAUAGUUAGGCAUUUUCAAACUUUUAGAAGUCACCUUUUAAUCAGGGAUUGCAUUUAUUGGCUAACUGCAUGACAUGUCCAUUCUGCCACUUAAAAAGACAUCGUAAAGCCUGUCAUUCCUGAGAAAAGAGUACAGCAUUAACUCUCACCAUCUAGGAAAAUGAUGUGCUUUUUGUUCUUUUUUUUUAAUGAAGAAGGAGAAAAAUCGGCUAAGAUGGGACAGCUCUUAUAAUGAAAUAAUAAUAAUAAUAAAAUGACCAAAACAAAUGGUGGGCCCUUCUCAUUCCAUUUUUGCUAUCUUUUUGGUAAGAACGCUUAACACCAAAGUCCGUUGAAAAGAUUUGCUGAUGAUUAGCUUAAAAAUCGGAUAACACUCAGCGAUGCUAUUUUGAGCCAUCCCAGCCUUUCUGAAUCUCCCAGCAGAUUAGAAGCUGCUGUGAUUGGCUCACAUAGAUGUCCAUCACAAGUCUGUUCAUAAAACAAUGUCUGAUGUUGCUCCCUCUGUCUCAGAGAAAAUGAUCUGCUGACACAUGUGAGGCGAGGCCCGCACAGGUCCACACCAGCUCAGGAGCAUCAGAGAGGAGUUUCCCCUCUCGCUUAUGGGGCAAACCUGUCCCCCGUGGAGGCCAGAGCAGUGAUGCUGGUUUGAUGCUCCAUGACUCAUCUGCUUCUCCGAGCCCGGCCUCUGAGUCUGUGGGUGACCGGCAGACAAGAUGAAGACCAGUGCUUUGUAUUCCAUCCUUCAGAGCAAGAGGAUGGGUAUUUCCAUAGCAGGAGCCUUUGGUAGAGUUUUUGAAGUGAGAUUCCGUGAAGUCAGACUGCACACAGUCGGGGUGUGUUCUAAGCCCAGAGGUGGCCCUUUGAGGUGCACAUGUCUUUCUGGGCAACUUAAUAUUUCAAGUCAGUGAUUACCAACCUGACUGCCUGCCUGCCCACCUCCCUGCUCAUCCCACAGGCCUGCUUCAUUGAUUUGCUGAUAUUUCUGCUGCCAGCGCAGCCCUGGCAAAGGUGUGGCACCAGACUGAAAAACUAGGAUACCCACGACAGCAGAGAGCCCCCUUCUGUCCAGGACCUCAGCAAAGGAAACCCCCAAGUACCACAUGCUCACAUGAGGCCACGUGCUGGCCUCAUCCCAUCCAGGUGUAUGUGUGGGGGAGGGGGGUGCUGUUGCAGGCUCAUCCAUAGGGGUCAACUGAAUCCCACAAACUGGGUCUGCAUUCAGGGGGUCAGGUGGCCUGUUUCAAACCAUCCCUUUCUGGUAUGGACCCUAAGGAAGCUCUUGGGGUCUGCUUCUAUGGAAGAUUCCAGGUGGAUGUUAGCUAAUCAGAUACUUUCUCUUUAUAGAAAGUACUUUCUGGCAAGUACUUUCUCUUUAGAGAAUAAGAAGUAAGCACAUUUUGGAGAGGAACUACUAGAAUAAUCCAGCCACUUCUCUUCUAGCCAUGAAAGUAGACUAAUCAUAUUGUACUGUAUUAUUUUUUAAUAAUUGUUUGCUAGUCGUGAGUUGGUAGAUGUUUUACUGCAAACAUAAAUGUGUUGUUUUCCUGACUUGAAGCAAUGCAGAUCGAGGCAAUAAAUAGCACUUAGAGAACCAUGGCUUGAUGUCACAACAGUACCCUUGGGGGCAUUCUGGGACUACACGCUGAGGGCAUCGAGCCUAGGACACCAGGGAU